AUGGACAAAAAGACGGACUUGCAACGGAUUAACUCGAAAAAUGGAAUAAUUUAUAUCCCGUCUUUGACUCAACCGAACCGACAUAGAAAUACACAAUCGUUCACACAACCAACUCAAAGAAAACCUUUAACUCAAACAACUCAAACGGUUCAAGCGAAGAACACACAAAUACAACAAAAAAAGAAUCCAAAACAAGAGAAAGAGGACUUUGAUAUCGACGACAUUAUGACGCAAUUCGAAAUCCAAGAGUCAAAGGAAAAAUUGAAAAACCCCGUGAAAUCACUCUCACAAUCACAUAAACCUAUCACUCUCCCUCACGUCACUCCUCAGAAAACCAAACCACUCAAACACGACCCAAUUAGUGUUACUCAUAAAAAUGCUGUUCACCAAACAACACCACGUCAUAUUGCUGUUAACCAAUCACAACAAAUAGUUACACCUCAAAAGAGUCAGACGAAAAGUGUCGUUGUGGACAAAUCGGAUAUAUCAGAAAUAUCGGAUAUUUUAAAGGAAAUUACACCCCAUAACACACCUCAAAAAACAGAGAAAGAGUCGGAAAAGCCAACAAAACAAUUGACAAAUUCCGGAAACCUUGUUAAGAGCGGGAGAGUGUGUUACGUCUCCGCGGCGUUUUCUUUGGAGAGUAAAACUAGUUUCACAAUUACAUUUUCAAACGAACGAUUCGCGGAUGUCAAAAUGUUAUUCAACCACAACAACAUCAAAUUCGAUUUAGUCGAGCGGAGUGUGAUGAGGAUUUCAUUGGGUUCGUAUGACGCAGUGUUAAAGUUGUUGACUGAGCAGAAACUCGAAUUUCUGAACAUACACAAAAUCGACGAUUGGGUAUGGAAAAUUGUUAAAAUGCCGGAUGAGACUGGCGAUAUCGGUCGGUUUGAAAAAAUACCCCAGAAGAUUAGAGACAUGUUAUACGGGUUUCAAACGGAAGGCGUCAAGUUUGGGUUGAAGAAAUGUGGCAAAUUUAUGCUUGGUGACGAUAUGGGGCUUGGGAAGACUAUUCAAACCAUAGCGAUUUUAAGCGCGUAUCCGGAACUCAGACCAGUGUUGAUCGUUGUCCCUAAUAUUCUUAAAUUACAGUGGAGGAUGCAGUUGUGCGAUGUUUUGGAUGUGUCAGAUGAUGAUAUAGCCGAGUAUGACCCACAUGUAAUGGUGCCUGGCACCAACUUUGUUAUUACAUCAUAUGAUUCUGUUGCUGCGAGUAACGGAGAGUUGUUUUCACAUCCAUUCAAAUAUGUUGUCUGUGACGAGUGUCAUCUGUUGAAGAACCAAACAACAAAGAGGGCGACACAGACCCUUGAAAUCUGUCGCAAAGUGAAACACGUUGUUUUUAUGUCCGGCACCCCAGCCGUCAAUCGGCCACUUGAGUUGUUCCCCGUAUUAAGUUGUUUGCUCGAUACGAUACACAGCGUAGGGAUGAAACGAUUUGGGGACCGGUACUGUGCGAACCAGACAUAUUCCAAAUAUAAAGAUUACACCGGCUCGAAGUAUGAGAAGGAGUUGAAUAUUUUACUUGAGAAAGUGAUGAUACGAAGGCUAAAGAUAGAUGUCUUGAAAGAGCUGGGAAAGAAAGAGAGAGAACGCGUCUAUUUGGAAGAACCUGAUAUGAAUGACACGCUUUGCCAAAUGAAGAAAGACAUGACGGAGAGCAAUUGGAACGAGAAGAAAGGGCCCGUCUUCGAGUUGUAUCGAUCUACUGGUCUUGCUAAAAUGCCAUCAGUGUGCGGAUACAUCGAAACGGUAUUGGAGAAGGAAGAGAAGAUUGUUAUAUUUGCAUAUCAUGUUGACGUUAUAACUGGGCUGACGCAGUUCUUGAUCGACAAGAAAAUUAAUUACGUCAGAAUAGAUGGGAGUACGAAAGCAGAUGAGCGGGGGGAGUUGGUUGAGAAAUUCAAGAAUGAGGGGUGUCGAGUUGCGUUACUCUCAAUUGAAGUUGCGAAUUGUGGUGUUGAGUUCUCAAGUGCGGCGAUGUGUAUAUUUGCCGAAUUAAGUUUUGUACCAGGGAAGAUGAUACAAGCGGAGGACAGAAUACACCGAAUUGGACAAAAAGCGAAAUUGGUGCGGAUUCAGUACUUGAUUGCGAGGAAUACAUACGACGAGACACUGUGGCAAAUUUUUAUGAAAAAGACUGCGACGUUGGGAAAAAUAGUUGAUGGGAAAGAUGCCGUUUUAGAGAGUAAAGAGUCGAACACUGAUUCGUUCCAAGCUGUAAAGAAAGAUUUGUUUAAGGGACUUCUCGACGUUGUUUCGUCUUAUGAAAAGAGAAAGACGUUAAGAAAGGAUAUUAAACUGAAAGCAGAAAAGAGAAAGAUGGGAAUAGAAGACGUUGAUGGAAGAGAUCGAUUCGACCAACGAGUUCAAAAAUUGAGUCUUGACCUGAACGAUGAAAAGUCUGUGUCGUCGUCCGUGUCUAAAAUAUUUGACUUCGUUAAGAAGUGA